AUGGAUUGGCAUCGAUUUCACGCAUCAGCAAGCAUUGCCUUGCUUCGUACAUUACUCAUCUGCAUUAAUAUCAUUUUUGUGAUUAGUGGAGGUGUUUUAUUUUUACUUGGUGUUGUUGUACGAAGUCAACUUUCAACAUUUCUUGAUAUAACACCAGAAAUGAGUUCAUCAACACCAUUUAUUUUAAUUGGUCUUGGUUUAAUUAUUUUUUUUAUUGGUCUAUUUGCUUUCUGGUGUACACUUAAAGGACAUAUUGCUUUAUUAUAUGUCUAUUCCAGCGUCGUUUUUCUUAUAUUUGUUGCAGAAAUAUUAUUGGCUGUAACAGUUUUAAUGAAACAGAAAACAUAUGAAGAGACAUUUAAAGCAAGUUUAAGUGGUGUUAUGCAACAAUAUCCAAAAGAACCGAUGGCUUCUCAUGUUGAUCGUCUUCAAAAUGUCUUAUCAUGUUGUGGUGUUGAUUCAUAUACAGAUUGGUUUUCCACUCCAUAUGGUGAACCACUUCGUCAAGUACCAGAAUCAUGUUGUAAGAAAACAUUGAAUCACACAUGUUCACGAAAGGAUUUACGAAAAGAAUAUUUACCAGCAGAUAUCAAUGCAGAUGGAUGUUAUGCAACAGUUAUGACAGCAAUUAAAAGUAAUUAUCCUGUUUUUGGUGGAAUUAUUAUAGCUAUUGCAUUAUUUCCAUUGAUUGGCGUUAUUCUUGCUUGUUGUCUAGCAAGACAAAUGCGUAAACAACGUUAUGAACAAGUUGCUUAA